AGUUGGAGUAUGUUUUCAACAAAACGAACAUACCCUGCGACGCGACCAUUCUGGUCUCUGAGCAGGAGACGUGUCGCUCUCUGACCGUUGGUUCAGAAGUCAGUUAUACUCUUCUUCUUUUUUUACAUGUUCUUAAAUAAAACAUGUUAAAAAACAGCGUUAUAAUACACAUAUAAUCAAAUUACACAAUAGAACGAUGGAUUUAGCGGAAAUGUAUUCAGUAUGCCCCCUGACACGAUAUGGUUUGAUCCGAUGAAACCAUUAGCGCGAUACACUAGUCACAUUGUGAAGAUUAUAUUGAUGUUUGUACAUAAUGAGAUAACGUAAGCCUGCGACUUGUUUAGUACUGCGUGAUAAAAUAAUGUUCUCAUUGUGACUUUAUCGAACAAAAAGGCGUAUGUAUUAAUUUGAACACAUUUCGCACCCCUCUGUAACCACAAUGGCUCUUUCCAUCAUGGACGCCAUACGCUGACCGUAAAUAUCAACCCUCCUAAACAGUCUGAUAUACCUCUGUGCUUUUCGCGAAUUGUGUUCAAUUCUUCUAAUUUGUUCCACUUAAAUCUAAAACGUCCGUGAGCAAAACCCGUGAAAUCAUAACCGCCGAUGUUUGCGCGUGAGAGUAAAUCGGGGCCGUUUGGGCCCAGCGGGUUCGCGGCGGUCCCGACAAGCAGACCUGCGUGUGCGUGUAUCCGGGCGCGUGCGUGCGUGUAUUGCUAGAGAGAUGCGGACGAGCUGAACCGCAGCUGGACACCGCUGUGCCUGCGCGUCAUUGACCACUGCCGACACCUUCUUGUACCAGUCCCCCCCCCCCCCCCCCCCCGCCCCGCAGACGCUGCCAGGUGUUUGCCGCACGGCACCAUGAGUGAGCUGAAGGACUGCCCCCCACUCAAAUACUACGACUUCAAGCCCGUCGAGCACGUCAAAGUGUGCCCCCGCUACACGGCGGUGCUCGGCCGCUCGGAGGACGAUGGCAUCGGCAUUGAGGAGCUGGACACCCUGCAGCUGGAGCUGGAGACGCUGCUGUCCUCCGCCAGUCGCCGCCUCCGGGCCCUGGAGGAGCAGAGACAGAUCCUCACGGACUGGCAGGACAAGAAGGGGGACAAGCGCUUCCUGAAGCUGGGGAAGGACCCCGACCCGGCGGACUCGUCUCGCCACAAACCAAAAAAGCAGAAGUUGGAAGGCAAAGGCGGCCACGCAGCGGGUCCGGGGCCCGGCAGACCCAAAUCCAAAAAUCUGCAGCCCAAAGUCCAAGAGUAUGAAUUCACCGACGAUCCACAAGACAUUCCCCGCACUCCUAAAAACGAUGUACCCAACAGGUUUUGGGCGUCAGUUGAGCCGUAUUGUGCCGACAUCACGAACGAAGAGAUCCGAUUGCUCGAAGAUCUCCUGAAACCCCCGGAGGACGAGGCUGAGUAUUUCAAAAUUCCAGCUCUGGGGAAGCACUACUCUCAGCGGUGGGCUCAGGAGGAUCUGCUGGAGGAGCAGAGGGAAGGAGCGCGAGCUAACGACAAGAAGAAGAGCCUCAUGGGGGGGCCGCUGUCGGAGCUGGACGCAAAAGACGUGGACUCCUUGUUGAAAAAGUCUGAGUCCCAACACGAGUCUCCAGAGGACGGAUGUCCCUUCGGUCCCCUCACCCAGCGGCUGCUGCAGGCCCUCGUAGAGGAGAACAUUAUAUCCCCCAUGGAGGAUUCACCCGUACCGGACAUUUCAGGGAAGGACGCUAACGACGGCGCUGGGACGUCUCCCAGAAGCCAAGGGAAAGCUUUCAGUGUUCCUCACACGCGUUCUCUAGAGGCCCGGAUCAAAGAGGAGCUGGUCGCCCAGGGGCUGCUGGACUCCGAGGAGCGGCCCGGCCCGGGAGGAGACUCCGAGGACGAGAUCCUGGCGGAGCUGCAGAAGAGGCAGGCGGAGCUCAAAGCCCUGAGCGGUCACAACAGAUCCCGGAAGCAGGAGCUACUCCGGUUGGCGAAGGAGGAGAUGCGCAAGCAGGAGCUCAGGCAGAGGGUCCGGGUGUCUGACAACGAGGUCAUGGAGGGAUUCCGGAGAAUCAUGGCGGCCAGGCAGAAGAAACGCACUCCGACCAAGAAGGAGAAGGACCAGGCCUGGAAAGCACUGAAGGAGCGGGAGAGCAUCCUCAAGCUCCUGGACGGAUAGAGGCGGAGACGGUCUGUGUCGGGAGAAGAAGAAGAAGAAGGAGAAGAAGGAUGUGUUUCCAGAUCGACACAAAUCAAGAAUAGCUGUGACAGCUGUGAGAUGGUCGGUGAACAGCUGUAUUUAUGAAUCUAUGAUGAUGUAGGACAUGGAUGUUUAUUGCAGGUCUGCGUGGUUUUGAUUUGGGACAUUUCUGUAGUAGUUUGUUUUUUUCGUCAUGUACAGCCGAACGCUCGAGUUGAAACACGUCAGAGACUUUUUUUUUUCUUUCUCUUUCUUUCUUUGGCAGUUUAAUUUUGUAUUUGUAUUUUUCUUUUACCAUUGUAAUGUUAUGAAAACAACACACACAGAUGUUUGAAUAAAUCAGUACCAAUUGUGGAAA